CGUGGAAAAAUCCCCUAGGAAUUCCUGUCGCCUUCUUUGAAGAUUUCCCUUGAUGGCCUGGGGGCGCCGACGCCAUCUAACUUGGCCAGCACUACUUAGCGAUGGAGAACCACUGUUCCCGGUAGAGUAGGGGCGUCGUUACUGCGUGCAAUGUGUAUCGUGUAGGCGUUGGCGAGGAGGCGACUCGUCGGGGAUAUGUCCGUGAAAAGCCCCAGGUUUCCGUCUACUCCGUAGCACGUGUACUGUUGAGACUUCAUCUGGAGGAGGGUCUCCAGCCGUCGAAUUGUUCCGUGUUCUUCAAGUGCCGAUCUAAGGACUGAGACAAAAAAAAGUAAAAAGUGCCGCGGGAGUGUUCCGUAUCCCGUUCAUCGAAGCCACGUAACGUAGCUGGCCAAGUUGAGCAGCAAGAACGAGGAUCAGGAGGAUCGGAGAAAGAAAAAGUGACGCCGAAGCUGCUUCGAAUGGUUGAACGAUCCUGCGGCUAGGCGAGGCGUCCAUGCUGUCCGGUUGAUUCCCAGGUGCCGCAGAGAUCGGUACGUUCGGUUUCUGGCUCUGGGAGAUGUACGGAAUAUUUAAAAGGGACAGUGGUGCGGGAGCGGGAUCGGGAUCGGUUUGGUCAAGCUGCGAGAAAGAAUUUUCAAGAUCAAAGGAUUUUCAGGGGGCAACGUGGAAGAGGUCGAUCACGUUAACGGCAGUGACGGCGACCCUGACGGCGACGACGGUGCUAGUGUCUGCGGUGUUUGUGCUAAACGAAUCAGCAACCCUCGCGUGAAAAUCCGAGCUUUGCAGUGCAUGUGAAUAGUGUCACAUAGUCACAUAAUAUCACAAAAUCACAUAACAGUGGAGAAAAUAAGUGUGAUCUAAGAAAGAGAAAUCGUCCUUCCUCCAAGUUCAGUUCCUUGGACGUGAAUGUGACAGUAGCGCGAUAUCGCGUUGCCAGAUCGCCGUGGAAAUCAUCCAGGAGGCGCUGCACGGCCAUUGACAUCGGGACGCCGGAAAAUUGUGAAAAGCCGCGAGGAGCAAGACAGCAAUAUAAGUAGUCAGAGAGGUAGAGAAAGAGAGCGAAUCGUCGAAAUGACAGGAAGGUGAGAUCGCUGCCGGGUCAGGACCGAGUAAGACACUUCAGCUGCUAUGUCAAACAACCAGCUGGUUGACUCCUGUCUGCUGGUGAAUCGGCGGAUUGAGCAGAGGCAGGAGCACAACAUAACGCGCACUGAAAUCACACAGAGACGAGUACUGCAAGAGAAAGGUCCCGACAUGCCACAAUACACUGGACAGAACGACACCGAUUACCAUGGAAGUAAUGGACAGGCGGACAGUCAUUCCCUGCACUCGUCUCACCUCUCGGUGCAAGAAGAUCCUCUUCUUAUUAGGACUCACAAGCAACAGACGUCCCAGCAAGUUACGACCGUGACGAAGGUCGUGCGCGAGGUCUCGCACAUGGAACCGGAUCCAGGUGCCGUGAGCUACAUGUCCGUUCCUCUGAUGUCGCAGGAUUACCAGCACGCGGAUCCUUGCUACGCGGCAGAUCCCUAUAUGGUCAGCUUUGACCAUUAUGAUCCUUACUUGGGAUAUCCUCCGCAGCCAGGGUGGGUUCCUGGACCCCAUGGGAUCUAUAUGCCUAGACCACAUUCACCCCACAGUCCACACAGCCCUUCGGAGCACAGUCACGCCUCUCCGCCACACGAAUAUCUACGGAAAGGCGCGCCGUACUUGGAGGGUGGCUACAAUGACAUGGACCCAGGACUGAAUCCUGCUCUGCAAGACCACUAUCGCAUCACUCCUAGUCCAGGCGGCCCUGGAGAUCAAUAUGAUCGAAUUAGCAACUCCUGGAACAUGGACGACUCGGGCGAGCCCUCUCAACAUCCUCACGACGAGGGCAAGGUGGCCUAUGGUUUUGUAUCACCGUCUCCAUAUGGACCAGUUGGUUAUGGCCCUGGUGUUGGGGUUGGUCCAGUCGCAGUUCCUGGGGACGUUUCCGGCGGAUAUGAGGAAGGUCACCCAGCGCCAUUAUCCACGAGUGUUCCACCAGGUAUCUUCGAGGACGAGGUUCACUUGCAACGACUACAGAGUCGGCAUUCAGGAGUUCCUGGAAUGGCCAGCCCCUUAGACGACGAUCAAAAGUCCAUGCGGUGGCGGGAUCCGAACUUGUCAGAAGUUAUAGGCUUCCUGAGCAAUCCCAAUAAUAUAAUCAAAGCGAAUGCAGCCGCAUAUCUCCAACACCUCUGCUACAUGGAUGAUCCCAACAAGCAGAAAACACGGAGUCUCGGUGGUAUUCCUCCACUUGUCCAACUCCUGGAUCACGAUAGUCCCGACGUCUACAGGAACGCCUGUGGUGCCCUAAGAAAUCUCUCUUACGGAAGACAGAAUGACGAGAACAAGAGGGCUAUCAAAAAUGCCGGCGGUGUUCCUGCUCUCAUCAAUCUUCUACGCAGAACGUCCGACGCCGAUGUCAAGGAACUGGUGACCGGGGUCCUCUGGAAUCUCUCAUCUUGCGAGGACCUCAAGAGAUCCAUCAUCGACGACGGGGUCACGAUGGUAGUCAACAAUAUCAUAAUUCCGCACAGUGGAUGGGAUCCAAGUUCUUCCAGCGGAGAAACCUGCUGGUCCACAGUAUUUAGAAAUGCCUCCGGUGUUCUGAGGAACGUAUCCAGUGCCGGAGAGUACGCAAGAAAAAAGCUGCGAGAGUGCGACGGGCUGGUCGAUGCUCUUCUCUACGUAGUGCGUUCGGCAAUCGAGAAGUCGAACAUCGGCAACAAGAUCGUUGAGAAUUGUGUCUGCAUCCUAAGGAACUUGAGCUACAGGUGUCAGGAAGUCGAGGAUCCGAAUUACGACAAGCAUCCAAUUCAGUCCGCUGUACAAAACAGGGUAGCGGCGCCGGCCAAGGGUGAGAACUUGGGUUGUUUUGGGGGUAGUAAAAAGAAGAAGGAUGGACAACCGGUUCAAAAGGAGGCGACAACGUCGCGCACGACCAGUCCUAGAACGGAACCUGUCAAGGGAAUGGAACUCCUAUGGCAGCCGGAAGUCGUUCAGUCCUACCUGAGGCUGUUACAAACCUGCUCAAAUCCGGAAACCCUGGAGGCUGCCGCAGGAGCUCUACAAAAUCUCGCAGCCUGUUACUGGCAGCCUAGCAUUGAGAUUCGAGCUGCAGUGCGAAAGGAGAAGGGUCUGCCCAUUCUGGUGGAGCUUCUGCGAAUGGAGGUGGAUCGUGUAGUGUGUGCUGUGGCCACGGCUCUCAGGAACCUCGCGAUAGAUCAGCGAAAUAAGGAGCUCAUUGGGAAAUAUGCAAUGCGUGACCUUAUCCAGAAGUUGCCGUCAGGAAAUAACCAGCACGAUCAGGGUACGAGCGACGACACCAUAGCCGCCGUUCUUGCGACUCUGAAUGAGGUCAUCAAGAAGAACGCUGAAUUCUCGAGGUCCCUCCUAGACGCCGGGGGUGUCGAGAGGCUCAUGAACAUAACCAGACAACGUCAGAAGUACACACCGCGCGUCCUCAAGUUUGCUGGACAGGUACUCUUCACGAUGUGGCAGCACCAGGAGCUCCGCGACGUCUACAAGAAGCACGGCUGGAAGGAGCAGGACUUUGUCACGAAAACAGUUGCGGCACGUAACUCCGGACCGAAUUCACCAAACAAUGCGAACAGCUAUGAUUGCAGUACCCUCAAUCGGCCAAUGGCAAGCCAGGGUAGCACGCGAUACGAAGACAGGACGAUUCAGAGACCCAGUCAGAAUUCGAACAACGUGGGGCGCCCCACGAUCUACCAGUCUCAGAACGAGGAGAUUGGAAUGUCCGACAUGCAGUAUCCGAAACAAGGAGGACACGCGCCGCCAGUGGGAGGCGUUUGCGUAUUUCCUGCCAACCCCCAGCCAAAACCCGGUGAGCCGCUCUAUGCGCAAGUUAACUUGGAGAAGAAAAAGAAACGGCAGUAUGAGCUGGGGGUGGGUCAGGGUCAGGGCGGUCAAGGUCAGGGCCCAGUCGGGUCGGUCCAGGGCGUCGGUGUCGGAGGUGGUGGAGGUUCGCAGUGGGUCGGCGAUGACGUCGGCGUCAGUACUGCUCAGGAAUCCCCGGCACCGGCGGCCAACGUCCCUCCGAGUUCGACAGCCGCGUCCGCCGGCGACUCCUGGGUAUAACACGCUCUUGGGCCGGUCGUCCUCGCGGCUGCAACUUCACGGCCAAAACCACCCGACCGAACCUAGACCGCCUGCGAAAUCUAACUACGAGGUCAUCAGGCCGCCGCUUCGCGUAACUAUUGCUGGUUUCUUCGUGAGACGUUCGGGCCACAUGAACUGAGGUACAGGGAGGCAGAGAGAGAGAGAGAGAGUGAGAGAGAGAGAGUGAGAGAGAGAGAGAGAGAGUGAGAGACUGUGUGCUUGAUGCGUGCGAAGUGAGUAUGGCCAGUAAGAGGCGAUGGACGUUGAUCCGAAAGUAUUCUGUGACGCCCAACAACGGAGAGGAGCAACACGAGUGUCAAAUGCGAUGCAAAUGGAAGGUAGAUAAGAGGACGUAAAGUUUAAAAGUCGUUGGCGUCGUCGUGGCCGUCGCUGAAGACUUUAAAGGAUUGUCAGUCAAUCAGUGACACAGUGCGCGGCUGAGAAAGCGGAGGAGACGUCAGAGGACUUUCCCAAGAGGCAGCAGCAGCAGCAGCUCGUCCGACCACAUCCGCAGCAGUAGUUGCACUAAUGGCUCUAACUUUAUUGCACAAUUCUAAAUUAAUAUAUAACAUAAGCGGCCGGGGCCGUGCGAUGCGCGUGUACUGAUUAUACGCUAUUGUAAUUUCAAGUCUUUUGCGUAGACACACAAAGACGCGCGCGCGCGCGCGCAGACACAAAUGCAGCUACGUUAAGAUACACAUCCUCGUUAACUGGGAAAUGCGGGCGCGCAACUAUAUAUAUACAUAUAAAAAUACAAAUAUAAAUAUAUAUAUACACAUACGCGCGCGUAUAUAUAUAUACAUAUACAUAUAUAUAUAUAUAUAUAUAGAAGAUAGUAUAUUAUAUAUUACAUUAUAUUAUAUUAUUAUAUUAAUAUUAUAUUAUAUUAUAUAUGUAAACUCUCGAGGCUGUGGGUGUGGCAGGGGACGGUACUUGGCAGACUGCACCGUUGCACCGUUGCACCGUUGCAAUACGUCUCUAUUUAAUAGAAGAUAUAAGGAAGUCUACGAUAUGAUAUCUAAACACUAUAGUUUUCGAGGGAGCGCGUAAGUGCGUGAUAAUGCCAGCGUGCGUGGAUGCAUCUAUGAUUGCGAGAACGUGACGUAUGUGGAGAGUGCGUAAGCCAGGGUGUAUCUACGGUGUGUGUAGUACAUCGAUACGAUUAUCGAGGCUAAGCAGAGACUCGAUGCACUUUGCAUUUGGAAUUUGGCAUUAGACACAUAUGGUAUACUGGGAUUCGUAUUGCGCGUGUACAAUUAUCGGAUCUAGUGACGUGCGAGAUGUGCCCUAUGAUUAUGUCCCGCAUUCAUAAUCAGUAUGCGUACACGUGCGUAUUCGCAUACGCGAGCGUUAAUACUAAGGUGUAGGGAUGAGAGUGCCACACAGUGAUAGAUGAAAUUAGGGGAGAGACCGAAGGUCGCAUAAAUUGUUAAGGCGAGAUUGACGAGGAAAGAGCUCGUGUCGAGUGAGCGUGGUCCGUAGGCGGUUACGAGUAACGAGGCACAAAGAGAAAGUAAAGUAACGUAAUAUCUAAUGUAAUUUAAUGUAAAGUAAUUGGGAGGAAUGUUAAGGAAUGCACCAGCUAAUCAAAAGCAUCGCCGCACCCUUCGCAAUCGACUUCUGAAUCUCGCGCACGUCCAAGGGACAUCACUCACGUGGGGAAGGCAGCGAGGAGACAGCCAGCAAUCGCAGCAGCAGCAGCAGCAACAGCAAGAAGAAAAUGAAGAAAGGGGAUAAAAGGGAGAACAGCCGAGGAAUAAGAAGAAAACCGUGAAAAAUUUUGAUAAUUGCUUAUUCUUUGUGUAUUUUGUAAAACCGCGUUUAUAAUUUUCUACAGCGCGAGAGAGACUGUGUUUUCCAAUUGUUGUACAGUGUAGCCCGCGUGGCGGGAGGGAAACAAUGCUCAAGAUUGAUGUUCGAAAUUUCGGCCUAAGGCCCGUUCAGUCGAUCCUUCCUUCGCCUGCUGUGCGUCGUAAAUUGUAUACGUGCAUUGCGCGCCGAUCAUUCAUAUGGAUUUUCUCCACCGCUUCUCUUCGUCGUUCCUCCACAUUCCUCUUGUUCGUUCCUCAUCAAUCGUUUCUCAUUCCUCAUUCCUCAUUGUAUUAUAUACGGGCAUAGGGAAGCGUGCGUGGCUCGCCAAAGGAUUCGCUGUUGUUAUCCUUGCUACUAGAAUUAAUGAUUAUAAAGGCGCAAGGACUGCGCUUCCACAAAGUGGUCUUCUCAUUCUUGGAUAAUACUGUAGGUUCAAUCGUAUCUCAAUAACAAGAACAGAAAAUAUGAUACAUUCCGAAAAAGGGGUGAUAGAAGAAUUUUUGGGUUUUUUUUUUCGUUUUUUUUUGUUUUUUCUUUCGUUUCUCAUCCAAUACCUUCUUCUAUCGUCUAACUAUACGCUAUUUACUAUUGCUACCGAUACUUUUACUUAUUACUACAACGGCAUUGCCAUGUACUCGUAUUAACGACUGCGUCGGAAUCGAUCAUUCUUGAUCAUCCGCGAUCAUCGUCCCUGCGUAAACCAUCCACCGUAAAAUCGAUCAUUAUCGUUGCCACGUCUCAAGUCCACAUGUGCAAAUGCAAAACCGUGCUCCAAGGAUUCGCCAGGUCCCCUUUCGAUGACUUUUGAAAUUUUGGAGUAUUCGGUGAACCACAGGACGGUUAUCAGAUUACGUCGUGGCAUAAUGCAUAAGCAUACGUCUGCUGCACGUGCGUAACGUAUAGGAGAGAUAGUCUACUGUGCUGCAUAAAUAUUUAAAUAAACCGAGCAUAAAUAAGCAUUGGGUGUACAUCUUACGAUUAGACGUCUUAGAGGAAGUUCAUCACGCAUUUAAUGAUUAUUACGAAUUAACGUGGUCUGAGACGAAGAUGAAAAGCGAAUGGAAUAAUUAGAGUCGCUGUUUAUAAUUGUCAGAUUCGUCAUUUGUUUUGUUUUUUUAUUUUACUUUUAUAUUCCUUUUUUUCAUUCUGUUACACAGGAAGCAUCUUCCAUGGCGGCUAGUCGAGCGUCUGUUAUCGAUAUUUAGCAGCUUUUAUUUCUCUUAUCGCGAGUGGAUAUUUUUUUAUUUUUCACCAUGAUCAGUAUUAUACCUAUUGUUGGAAUCAGAUUAUACAGGUCUUUUCAUUCGGUUUAUAUUCUUUUUAUCCUCGUCUCAGACUACUCGCACUCCCCGAUACUGGGAAAAAGGUCAUUGGUCAUAACUUUCUUCGUGACCUCUUUACAUCAGAUCCAUACGAAGCGGACCUGUUACGAAUAUUGUCAUUUCAUUUGAUAGGGGGAUUUAAUUGUGAGUGAAAGUGUGUGAGAGAUAGAGAAAGAGAGAGAGAGAGAGAGAGAGAGAGAGAGAGAGAAUGAGUAUGACUGAAAAGACAGUACUAACGAGAUUAGGUUUCAUUUCGACGAGACGUACUCUGUCAUUAACUUUAACGACACGUUGUAUUAUUUAUAUCGCAAGAGUAUCGCCGUAUAUGUAAUUAUAAUAAUAAAGAUCGAAACAGUGUAUUUGAAACCCGACUGACAAGAAUUAAAAGGAUUUAACUGCGCGA